CUUUUUUAAAGGCGAGAUACUAUCGACAUCUCGACUCUUCUCCAUCAACAUCCUCCAUCCUCACUUUCUUGUGACCCACCCCAACACACACAACAAUGUCCGGCGCCAUCUCCUCCAUCACCUCGGCCCUCCCCAGCCUUGGCAAGGCCCGCCUCCUCAUCAACUCGGCUGACGACGUCGUCAUUGUCUCGGCCGUCCGUACCGCCGUCACCAGGGCCCGCAAGGGUGGCUUCAAGGACGCCCAGACCGAGGACCUCCUCAAGGCCGUCCUCGCCGAGGCCGUCAAGCGCGCCGGUGUUGACCCCGCCCUCAUUGGCAUACUAACCGCCGAUCUUAGCGACAUCACUGUCGGCAACGUCCUUCCCCCCGGCGGUGGCGCUACCACUGCUCGCAUGGCCCAGCUCGCCGCUGGCAUCCCCUACACCGUCCCCAUCAACACUGUCAACCGCCAGUGCUCGUCGGGUCUCGUUGCCGUUAUCGAUGUUGCCAACGCCAUCAAGGCCGGCACCAUUGACAUUGGUAUCGGUGCCGGUGUCGAGUCGAUGACUGCCCACUACGGUGCUGGCACUCUCCCCACCAAGAUCUCGGACGAUGUCCUCGCUGUUCCCGAGGCCGCCGACUGCCUUAUCCCCAUGGGUAUCACCUCGGAGAACGUUGCCGAGCAGUACAAGAUCGACCGCGCCACCCAGGACGCGUUCGCUGCCAAGUCGUUCCAGAAGGCCGAGGCCGCCCAGAAGGCUGGCAAGUUCAAGUCGGAGAUUGUCCCCGUCAAGGUCAAGUGGACCGACCCCAAGACCGAGGAGGAGAAGGAGGUCAUUGUCGACGCCGACGAUGGAAUCCGUGGCGGUGUCACUGCCGAGUCGCUCUCCAAGAUCAAGCCCGCCUUCAAGAAGGACGGUGUCACCCACGCCGGUAACGCCUCGCAGGUCUCGGACGGUGCCGCCGCCGUUCUCCUCGCCCGCCGCUCGGUCGCCCAGAAGCUCGGCCUCCCCAUCCUCGGCAAGUACGUCACCUCGGCCGUUGUUGGUGUUCCCCCCAACAUCAUGGGUGUCGGCCCCGCCUUUGCCAUCCCCGCUGCCCUCAAGAACGCCGGCAUCACCAAGGACGACGUCGACUUCUACGAGAUCAACGAGGCCUUUGCCUCGCAGGCCAUCAUGUCGAUUGACACUGUCGGCAUCCCCUACGAGAAGGUCAACCCCAACGGUGGUGCCAUUGCUCUCGGCCACCCCCUCGGUGCCACCGGUGCCCGCCAGCUCGCCACUGCCUUCGCCGAGGCCAAGCGCUCCAAGGCCAAGGUCUUCGUCACCUCCAUGUGCAUCGGUACCGGCAUGGGUGCUGCCGGUGUCUUCGUCGCCGAAUAAGCGAGCGCGCAGUCGUCGUGGUGCAGUGUUGUCAGAGCGAGCGAGCAUGCGUCGUCCAGAGCGAAAAGAGACGAGUAGCUUCCAGUGUAGAUUGUAGUUCAUGGAUGAUAUCAUAUCAGGCCGAGGCA